CCCGCCUACACUUCCGGAAAGGGAGAGUUAGUUUGCAGGCGUGCUGAUCUCCGCGUGUGUGGUUACCGUGGCGCGGGCUCCGAGGUAGCGAGGUGGUGGCGUCUUAGGCUGGAGUUCCAAAUAUGGCAACCGUGGAAGAAAGCUUCCCCAGAGGGGGUACAAGAAAGACCCACAAAUCAGAGAAAGUAUUCCAGCAACCAGUUGAACAAGACAACUUAUUUAGCAUUUCUACUGAGGAGGGAGCCACCAAAAGAAAAAAGAGCCAGAAAGGGCCAGCAAAAACAAAAAAAUUGAAAACUGAAAAGAGAGAAAGCUGCAAGUCUGUAAGAGAGAAGUUCGAACUCCUUAGUAUUGAGUCCCUAUGUGAGGGGAUGCGGAUUUUGGGUUGUGUGAAAGAGGUAAAUGAGCUGGAAUUGGUGAUUAGUCUCCCCAAUGGCCUCAAGGGGUUUGUGCAAGUGACUGAAAUCUGUGAUGCUUAUACCAAAAAGCUGAAUGAGCAGGUGGCACAAGAAGAACCUUCCAAGGACCUGGUCUGCUUGCCUGAACUCUUCUCACCUGGGAUGCUGGUGAGAUGUGUGGUGAUCAGUCUGUGCAUCACAGAGGGGGGCAAAAAGAGUGUUAAGCUAUCUCUGAACCCCAAAAAUGUCAAUGAAGUGCUGAGUGCUGAGGCCCUGAAGCCUGGCAUGCUGCUCACAGGCACUGUGUCCAGCUUGGAAGACCAUGGCUACCUAGUGGACAUUGGUGUUGGUGGGGCCAGAGCCUUUCUGCCACUGCAGAAAGCCCAGGAAUAUAUCCAGCAGAAGAACAAAGGUGCUAAACUGAAGGUGGGGCAAUACCUGAACUGCAUCAUUGAAGAGGUGAAAGGCAGCGGAGGAGUUGUUAGGCUGUCUAUUGGUCAUUCAGAAGUUUCUACUGCCAUUGCUGCUGAGGAGCAAAAGUGGACCCUUAAUAACUUGCUGCCAGGGCUGGUGGUCAAAGCCCAAGUUCAGAAGGUGACUCCACUUGGCCUUACAUUAAACUUCCUCUCAUUCUUCACUGGCCUGGUUGACUUUAUGCACCUGGAUCCCAAGAAAGCUGGAACUUAUUUCCCUAAUCAAGCGGUAAGGGCCUGUGUCCUCUGUGUCCAUCCUCGGACCAGAGCCGUGCGGCUGAGCCUACACCCCAUCUUCCUGCAGCCUGGGCGCCCACUCACCCGGCUGUCUAGCCAGCACCUGGGAGCUGUGCUGGACGAUGUUCCUGUUCAGAGCUUUUUCAGCAAGGCUGGGGCCAUCUUCAGGCUGAAGGACGGGACUCUAGCCUAUGCCCGGCUCAGCCAUCUCUCCAAUUCUAAGAAUGCCUUCAAUCCUGAGACCUUUAAACCAGGGAACACUCACAAGUGUAGGAUCAUCGACUACAGCCAAAUGGAUGGACUGGCUUUGCUCUCUCUGCGGGCGUCUAUUAUUGAAGCUCAGUACUUUAGAUACCAUGAUAUCCAACCUGGGGCAUUGGUAAAGAGCACAGUGCUGACCAUAAAGCCAUAUGGGAUGCUGGUGAAGGUGGCUGAGCAGAUCAGGGGCCUUGUACCUUCCGUGCACCUGGCUGACAUCCUGAUGAAGAAUCCAGAGAAGAAGUACCAUAUAGGGGAUGAGGUCCAGUGCCGGGUUUUACUUUGUGACCCUGAGGCCAAGAAGCUGAUGAUGACCCUAAAGAAAACACUGGUUGAGUCCAAACUACCUGCCAUUACCUGCUAUGCCGAUGCCAAGCCUGGUCUGCAGACACAUGGCUUCAUCUUCAGGGUCAAGGACUGUGGCUGCAUUGUGAAGUUCUACAAUGAUGUGCAGGGACUGGUGCCCAAGCAUGAGCUCAGUGCCGAGUAUGUCCCUGACCCGGAGAGGGUCUUUUACACUGGCCAGGUGGUGAAGGUUGCAGUGCUGAACUGUGAGCCUUCCAAAGAGAGGAUGCUCUUGUCCUUCAAGCUGUUGAGUGACCCAAAAAGAGAGCUUAUGGGACACAGUCAGAAGAAGAGAAGAGCCAUUAACGUUGGGCAGUUGGUGGAUGUGAAGGUUUCAGAGAAGACCCGAGAUGGGCUGGCGGUGGCCGUGCUGCCCCACAACAUCCCUGCUUUCCUCCCUACGCCUCACUUGUCGGACCACGUUGCCCACGGCCCGCUGCUGUACCACUGGCUCCAGGCUGGCGAUAGCCUUCACAGAGUCCUGUGUCUGAGCCAGAGCGAGGGGCGUGUUUUCCUUUGCAGGAAGCCAGCUUUGGUCUCCACAGUGGAGGGUGGCCAGGAUCCCAAGAGCUUCUCAGAAAUCCAUCCUGGAAUGCUGCUCAUUGGCUUUGUGAAGAGUAUCAAGGACUAUGGUGUGUUUGUGCAGUUCCCCUCAGGUCUUAGUGGACUGGCCCCCAAAGCGAUCAUUAGUGACAAGUUUGUGACCUGCACAAGUGACCACUUUGUCGAGGGGCAGACAGUGGUUGCAAAGGUGACCAGUGUGGACGAGGAGAAGCAGCGCAUGCUGCUGUCGUUGCGGCUGUCAGAUUGCGCCCUGGGGGACCUGGCCACCACCAGCCUCUUCCUCCUGAGCCAGUGCCUGGAGGAGCGGCAGGGCGUGCGCAGCCUCAUGAACAGCCGAGACUCUGUGUUGAUCCAGACGCUGGCUAAGAUGACCCCAGGGAUGGUCCUUGACCUGCAGGUGCAGGAGGUGUUGGAAGAUGGCUCUGUGGUGUUCAGUGAGGGCCCAGUGCCUGGCCUGGUCCUGAGAGCCAGCAAAUACCAUCAUGCGGGACAGGAGGUGCAAUCUGGACAGAAAAAGAAGGCUGUAAUCUUAAAUGUCGAUAUGUUGAAGUUGGAGGUACAUGUUUCCCUCUGCCACGAUCUGGUGAACAGAAAAGCUAAAAAGCUGAAGAAAGGCAGUGAACACCAGGCUAUUGUGCAGUACUUGGAGGAGUCCUUUGCCGUCGCCUCCUUGGUUGAGACUGGCCACCUGGUGGCUUUUUCUCUGACCUCUCACCUUAAUGACACCUUCCGCUUUGACUCGGAGAAGUUACAGGUGGGGCAGGGUGUCUUCCUAACCCUCCAGACCACAGAACCAGGAGUGACUGGUCUUCUUUUGGCUGUUGAGGGGCCAGCUGGUAAGAGGACCAUGAGAAUGAGCCAGAAGGACUCUGAAACAGUUGAUGAAGAUGAGGAAGUGGAUCCAGUUGUGGCUGUAGGGACUGUAAAGAAACACAACCUGUCCAUUGGAGACACGGUCACAGGGACUGUCAAGUCCAUUAAGCCCACCCAUGUCGUUGUGACCCUGGAAGAUGGCAUCAUUGGCUGUAUCCAUGCCUCCCAUAUUCUAGAUGAUGUUCCUGUGGGCACAUCUCCUACUGCCAAGCUGAAAGUUGGGAAGACAGUCACUGCCCGAGUGAUCGGUGGGCGAGACAUGAAGACAUUCAAGUUUCUCCCAAUAAGUCACCCUAGAUUUAUUCGAACCAUUCCGGAGCUGAGUGUUCGGCCGAGUGAGCUGGAAAAGGAGAGCCACACUGCUCUCAACACUCAGUCUGUCAGCCCCUUGGAGAAGAUUAAAGAGUACCAGGCUGGCCAGACUGUGACUUGCUUUUUGAAGAAGUACAACGUGGUUAAGAAAUGGCUUGAGGUGGAGAUUGCUCCAGACAUCCGAGGGAGAAUUCCCUUGUUGCUCACUUCUCUUAGCUUCAAGGUUCUGAAACAUCCAGAUAAGAAGUUCCAGAUUGGCCAGGCCCUGAAGGCCACUGUGGUUGGCCCAGAUUCUUCCAAGGCCUUCUUGUGUCUCUCACUCAUAGGUCCUCACAAGCUGGAGAAAGGGGAAGUAGCCAUGGGCCGAGUGGUGAAGGUGACUCCCAAGAAGGGGCUGACUGUCUCCUUCCCAUUUGGGAAGAUAGGAAGAGUCAGUAUAUUUCACGUGAGUGACUCUUACUCGGAGACACCCCUGGAAGACUUCACCCCCCAGAAGGUGGUCAGGUGUUAUGUUCUGUCCACUGCAGGCCAUGCACUGGCUCUGUCGCUGCGGUCAUCCAGGACAAACCCAAAGACAAAAAGCAAAAUUACAGAUCCCGAGAUUAACUCUGUCCAGGACAUUCAGGAAGGGCAGCUCCUGAGAGGCUAUGUGACAUCGGUCCAGACACAUGGUGUUCUUUUCAGCCUUGGUCCCUCAGUGGUGGGUUUGGUCCAAUACCCGCAUGUCUCCCAGUACAGCCCGUCCAAGAAAGCCCUUUAUAACAGAUAUCUCCCUGAAGGGAAGCUGCUCACAGCCAAGGUCCUAAGCCUGAACCACCGGAAGAAGCUGGUCAAUCUGUCAUUCCUCUCUUGUGACACUGGGAAGCCGGAUGUGUUUCCUGCCUCCCUAGGGCUGCCGCUUCUAAAGCAAGAGGAGAGGAAAACAGAGGCAGAGGAGAGAGACCACCAAGAAGCAGAGGAGAAGGAGAAGAAGAACCAGAAAAGGAAAGAGAAGAGGAGCCAGAAGGGGCAGGAAGAGACACAGCUGCCCAGCAAGGAGAUGCCUAAGCCCCAGAAACUACACCCAAAGAAGCAGGGCAAGCGGCCGCGCCUGGAGUCUGGAAGCGAACAGGAAAGAGUGAACAAGAAGAAAAAGAAAGCUGCCCCAUCAGAGGAGGAUGACAGUGGUGUUGAAGUGUAUUAUCGGGAAGGAGAAGAGGAGAUAGAAGAGAUGAGUGUGCCGUCCAAGGAGAAGCGGACCAGGCCAGCAGAAGUGCCCCGGCUGCAGCUGUCUUCUGGCUUCUUUUGGGAUGUGGGGCUAGACUCCCUGACCCCAGCCCUGCCACCUCGAGGAGAGAGCUCAGACAGCGAGGAGGACGAGAAGCCACAGCAGUCCACGAAGAAGAAAAGCAAGAAGGAAAGGGAGUUGGAGAAGCAGAAGGCAGAGAAAGAGCUCUCCCGCAUUGAGGAGGCACUGAUGGAUCCCCAUCGACAGCCAGAGUCAGCAGAUGAUUUUGACCGACUCGUGCUGAGCUCCCCCAACAGCUCCAUCCUGUGGCUGCAAUACAUGGCCUUCCACCUGCAGGCCACAGAGAUCGAGAAGGCCCGGGCUGUGGCCGAGAGGGCUCUCAAGACCAUUUCCUUCAGAGAGGAGCAGGAGAAGCUCAACGUGUGGGUGGCACUGCUAAACCUAGAAAACAUGUAUGGCUGUCAGGAGUCACUAGCCAAGGUCUUUGAGCGGGCUGUGCAGUACAAUGAGCCUCUCAAGGUCUUUCUCCAUCUUGCUGACAUCUACACCAAGUCAGAGAAAUUCCAGGAAGCUGGUGAACUCUACAACCGGAUGCUGAAGCGUUUCAGGCAGGAGAAAGCUGUCUGGAUAAAAUACGGCGCCUUUCUUUUGCGGAGGGGCCAGGCUGGGGCCAGUCACCGUGUGAUGCAGCGAGCCCUAGAAUGCCUGCCUAAUAAAGAGCACAUGGAUGUGAUCUCCAAGUUUGCCCAGCUUGAGUUCCAGCUGGGGGAUGCGGAACGAGCCAAAGCCAUUUUCGAGACCACUCUGAGCAUCUACCCAAAUCGCACAGAUGUCUGGUCGGUCUACAUCGACAUGACCAUCAAGCAUGGCAGCCAGAAGGAAGCCCGGGACGUCUUCGAGCGGGUCAUUCACCUGAGCCUGGCCCCCAAGCGAAUGAAAUUCUUCUUCAAGCGCUACCUGGACUAUGAGAAGCAGCACGGCACCGAGAAGGACGUGCAAGCCGUAAAGAAGAAGGCCCUGGAAUACGUGGAAGCUAAGGGCUCUGUGUUGGAAGACUAGUGGUGGGCUGGCUCUGAUAGCCGCGCUUAGUGGGCCAGCCUGUGGGGCCUCAGCAACUGCCCGGUGCCUGAGGACUUUUUUAAGUGCUGCUUUUUCUGCAGCUCCCUUGGGGAAAUCCUGUCAUGAUAAGAAAGAGUUUGAGAUUUAUAAUUCCUUUGUGCUUAUGUUAGUACCAAUUUAUUUCAGUUUUUUCCUUUUCUGAGGCUGCUCAGUGCUUGCAGGCUGUUGGACUCCCCAGGAAGCUGAGGGUCUUUCCUUGAUGGGAGUUCCUUGGGAAGCAGGAAUGGAAGAGCUGCCUCUUAAUGGUCAGGGGUCCCUCUUGGCUCUGGCAGGCUCUUGGUCACAGAAAGGGUCCAUAGGGUCCAGGGAGUGGUCCCUUUCCCUAGCUGUCAGAGUCUGAGCGUUCCCUCAUCUUCAGCUCAGCUGGUAGCUUGUGCCUUUUUGUGGAGGACAGGAGGACAGAGGUAGAGCCCAGGAAGGAAAAUCGGGGGAGCUGAGUGCCUGAGAGGAAAGCUGCAGAUAAUGGCUUAAAUCACCUGGUGGGGUCUCCUCCCAGUCAGACACCCAGCCUCUCUGAAUGGGAUGACUCAUUGGUGAAAUGGGGUUAGAAAGUCCUUCCUGAAGGCUUGCCAUAGAUCAAGUGCAAGCGCAUAUGUUGUGUGCUGACCAGGGCCCGGCAGGGAGGAGCAUCUGUGAGAACCUGCUUUGGGGAGAGCCACGCGGCCUCUCUGUGUCUCCUUGUAGCUCUGGGGAGAGAUGAGUUUUUGGAGGCCAGCACAGACCCGGCUAGUUGUUGAAGCCUGUUCCUUUUUGGCUUGGGCUUGAGGGAAUUAAGAGUUUUCUUUGGCAGAGCUAUAAAUAUCCUGCGAGCUGGCGUCCUUUUGGUGGGAAAUGACUGAGUGGUAUGCCAGGAAGCAGGACGGGGACAAGGGAGAGCAUCACAGGCUUUAGAGGUGGUGGAGGUUAUCAGGCAAGGGCAGGCAGAUGGGCAGGGAGGCAGAGCUGGGCCUAGCCUGGUUCUAGGUUGUAAAAGCCAGCCUGCCUUGCUCACUGCAAGAUUUUCCGACCUGUGAAAUUUAAACUGAG